AGUGGAGUCCCUCAGUUGGACUCUGGUUAGAAUGGCCUUGUAUCACUUUGGGUUGGCAUGCUUCCUUAGCAGCUUGUGUUAAUGGGAAAGGCUUUUGAGCCAGGUGAAAAAGAUAGCUGGAAUUAGGAGAAUUCCAAGAUUUUUCAGCACCUGGAGUGGCGGUAAAACACAUUCUGAGUGCAUACAACAUAGUCUCUCUUGAAGACAUAUGUAAUAAAAGAUCUGAUGGACCAUAAAAGUGCUUCUAAAAGAGUUGACACCUCAAGGAACCGUUGUAUGUGCCUUCACAUUUGCUCUGCCUGCAGUCUACUUGAAUCAUUUCCUAAAGUUAAGUAGAUGCCAUCUUGUCCCUUGAGCACUGUCUGGCUGUGUUACUGGAGUGGAUGAAGGCAAACAGAUUGAGGCUGAAGCAGGCAAAGUGGAGGUCCUUCAGGAGGGGACGCUUGGGGAAUAAUCAUGCUUCUCAGAGGACUAGAACCGACAGCCGCGACAUCCCGACCCAGCCUCUUCUGCUAAGGACUCCCAGGAAUAUCUUUCUGUUAUCUGCAGCAUUAGAACCACCGCGGGUUUUUGUUUUAAAGCAAAGGAGGAAAUGGAAUGAUCGCUCUGGAUCCUGCACGUUACGACCCUCCUUUCCACACGGUCUGAUUCAUCUUCGAAGCCCAUCUCUCCGCAUCUCGCUUGCUCUCUUCUUUUUCAUUCGAACCACUUCAGGAUACGAAAUUACCAAAGCCGAGGCUCCACUCAAGAAAAAGAUUUUUGAUUUUUUUGCAUCGCCCCCUCCCCAUUUGCUUCCCAAACCUCGUUCAUCUUAUGUGGAUAUGCAAGCAAGAAGAGGAGACUGGAUACUCCCAACAUGCUCACUCCCUUAAUCUGUCCGCCUAGAGGUUCUGCUUCUACAAAUCAAGGGAGUGCAAGAGAUGAAGAUGAGGCCCAGAGCAGAGUGCUGUCCUUCAAAAUUCUGGUUUAUGCUGGCAGUCUUAGCAACAACAGGUGGUGGAGUCUGGGCCCAAAAGAACCAUCCCAGCAUUGGCAUUGCUGUUAUCUUGGUGGGUACCUCUGACGAAGUAGCUAUCACAGAUGCCCACAAGAAGGAUGACUUCCACCACCUCUCUCUUACGCCUCGUGUGGAACUGGUGGCCAUGAAUGAGACAGAUCCCAAAAGUAUCAUCACUCGCAUCUGUGAUAUCAUGUCUGACCGGAGAGUUCAAGGUGUGGUGUUUGCUGAUGACACUGACCAGGAAGCCAUUGCCCAGAUCCUGGACUUUAUUUCUGCCCAGACCCUCACACCCAUUUUAGGUAUCCAUGGAGGCUCUUCCAUGAUCAUGGCAGACAAGGAUGAAUCAUCCAUGUUCUUCCAGUUUGGCCCGUCAAUAGAACAGCAAGCUUCUGUCAUGCUCAACAUCAUGGAAGAAUAUGACUGGUACAUAUUCUCCAUUGUCACUACCUACUUUCCUGGCUAUCAGGACUUUGUUAACAAGAUCCGGAGCACUAUUGAGAACAGCUUUGUGGGUUGGGAGCUAGAAGAGGUACUCUUGCUGGACAUGUCUCUGGAUGAUGGUGACUCUAAGAUCCAGAAUCAACUCAAAAAACUCCAGAGUCCUGUCAUCCUCCUUUACUGUACAAAGGAAGAGGCCACCUACAUCUUUGAGGUGGCAAACUCUGUCGGUCUGACUGGGUAUGAUUACACAUGGAUUGUGCCUAGCUUGGUGGCUGGAGAUACAGACACAGUACCCUCUGAAUUCCCCACUGGACUUAUCUCAGUGUCAUAUGAUGAAUGGGACUAUGGUCUUCGGGACAGGGUGAAAGAUGGAAUAGCCAUAAUAACCACAGCCGCCUCUGACAUGCUGGCUGAGCACAGCUUCAUUCCUGAGCCCAAGAGUAGUUGCUACAAUACACAGGACAAGAGGAUCUACCAAUCCAACAUGUUAAAUAGGUACCUGAUUAAUGUGACCUUUGAAGGAAGGAAUUUGUCUUUUAGUGAGGAUGGCUACCAGAUGCACCCAAAAUUGGUUAUCAUCCUUUUAACCAAGUCAAGGACAUGGGAUCGGGUGGGGUGGUGGAAGGACAAGCGCCUUAAGAUGAAGUAUUAUGUGUGGCCACGUUCGGAGCUGUACCCUAACUGUGAGGAACGUGAGGAUGAUCAUCUUAGCAUAGUGACCCUAGAAGAAGCACCAUUUGUUAUUGUGGAAAAUGUGGACCCGCUAAGUGGUACCUGUAUGAGGAACACAGUCCCAUGCCAAAAACGAAUCGUGUCAGAAAACAAGACAGAUGAGGAGACUGCCUAUAUCAAGAAAUGUUGCAAAGGGUUUUGCAUUGAUAUCCUUAAGAAAAUCUCCAAGUUUGUGAAGUUUACCUAUGACCUUUACUUGGUAACUAAUGGUAAACACGGGAAGAAGGUCAAUGGGACAUGGAAUGGAAUGAUAGGCGAGGUGGUUGCUAAACGUGCCUAUAUGGCAGUGGGAUCCCUCACCAUAAAUGCAGAACGUUCUGAAGUGGUUGACUUUUCUGUACCCUUCAUUGAGACAGGCAUCAGUGUAAUGGUAUCACGAAGCAAUGGCACUGUCUCACCUUCUGCCUUCUUAGAACCAUUCAGUGCUGAUGUGUGGGUGAUGAUGUUUGUUAUGCUGCUUAUCAUAUCUGCGGUGGCUGUCUUUGUCUUUGAGUACUUCAGCCCUGUGGGAUACAAUCGGUGUCUUGCAGAUGGCAGAGAGCCUGGUGGUCCAUCUUUCACCAUUGGCAAAGCAAUCUGGCUACUGUGGGGUCUGGUAUUUAACAACUCUGUGCCAGUGCAGAAUCCUAAGGGAACCACUAGCAAGAUCAUGGUGUCUGUGUGGGCCUUCUUUGCUGUCAUCUUUCUGGCGAGUUACACUGCCAAUUUGGCUGCCUUCAUGAUCCAAGAAGAGUACGUGGACCAAGUGUCUGGACUGAGUGACAAAAAGUUCCAAAACCCACAUGCCUUUUCCCCACCUUUCCGCUUCGGAACCGUUCCUAAUGGCAGUACAGAGAGGAAUAUUCGCAACAAUUAUGAACUGAUGCAUGGCUACAUGGUGAAGUUCAACCAAAAAUCAGUGCAAGAUGCACUCGCCUCACUGAAGACAGGGAAGUUGGAUGCUUUUAUCUAUGAUGCAGCUGUGCUAAACUACAUGGCUGGCCGAGAUGAAGGUUGCAAGCUAGUAACAAUUGGCAGCGGGAAAGUCUUUGCUUCCACAGGCUAUGGCAUUGCCAUCCAGAAGAAUUCAGGCUGGAAACGACAAGUUGAUCUUGCAAUCCUACAGCUUUUUGGUGAUGGGGAGAUGGAGGAGCUAGAAGCUCUCUGGCUCACAGGCAUUUGCCACAAUGAGAAGAAUGAGGUCAUGAGUAGCCAGCUGGACAUAGAUAACAUGGCGGGAGUUUUCUAUAUGUUAGGAGCAGCUAUGGCCCUCAGCCUUAUCACCUUCAUCUGUGAACAUCUCUUUUAUUGGCAAUUCCGCCACUGCUUUAUGGGUGUCUGCUCUGGCAAGCCUGGGGUUGUCUUCUCCAUCAGCAGGGGUAUUUACAGCUGCAUUCAUGGAGUGGCUAUUGAAGACCACCAUUCUUCAAUGAACUCCCCUACUGCCACCAUGAACAAUACCCAUUCUAACAUUUUGCGCCUGCUCCGAACAGCAAAGAACAUGGCAAACCUUUCAGGGGUCAAUGGCUCACCACAAAGUGCCCUGGAUUUCAUCCGCCGUGAAUCGUCUGUCUACGAUAUCUCUGAGCAUCGUCGCAGUUUCACUCAUUCUGACUGCAAAUCUUAUAACAACCCACCCUGUGAAGAGAAUCUUUUCAGUGAUUAUAUUAGUGAGGUAGAAAGGACCUUUGGCAAUCUACAGCUGAAAGAAAGUAAUGUUUAUCAAGACCAUUAUCACCACCACCACCGUCCGCAUAGCAUAGGUAGCGCCAGCUCCAUCGAUGGACUGUAUGACUGUGAUAACCCACCCUUCUCUGCCCAGCCUCGGCCUCUUGGUAAGAAGCCAUUAGAUAUUGGUUUGCCACCGGCCAAACAUAGCCAGUUAGGAGACCUCUAUGGCAAAUUGUCUUUCAAGAGUGACCGGUACAGUGGUGGAGGAGCACAUGAUGAUUUGAUCCGUUCAGAUGUCUCAGACAUAUCUACUCAUACAGUGACAUAUGGCAACAUUGAAGGCAAUGCUGCAAAACGACGAAAGCAGCAGUAUAAGGAUAGCCUAAAGAAACGCCCAGCCUCAGCUAAGUCACGGAGAGAGUUUGAUGAGAUAGAACUGGCUUAUCGUCGACGUCCCCGUUCCCCUGACCACAAGCGCUACUUCAGGGACAAAGAAGGGCUAAGGGAUUUCUACUUGGACCAGUUUCGAGCUAAGGAGAACUCGCCACACUGGGAACAUGUGGAUCUGACUGACAUCUAUAAAGAGCGGGGAGAUGACUUCAAGCGUGACACGAUAGGGGGAGCAGGGACGUGCACGAAUCGGACCCACCUGAAACAUGGGUCGGGGGAAUUUGGAGCAAACAAUGAGCACAAGCACAGUGUUGUGAGUGGGGUACCAGCACCAUGGGAGAAAAAUCUCACCAAUCUGGAUUGGGAAGAACGACCAGGGACUAAUUAUUGCCGCAGUUGCCCAUCUAAGCUGCAUAACUACACUCCAACUGUGGUGGGACAGAACUCCACCCGUCAGCCAUGUAUCCGGUGUGAAGCCUGCAAGAAGGCAGGUAACCUCUAUGAUAUUAGUGAGGAUAACUCCCUCCAAGAGCUGGAUCAGCCCUCUGCCCCUGUGCCAGUGGCCACCAGCUCCUCCACUACCAAGUAUCCUCAGAGCCCUUCCAACUCUGCCUCCAAAGCGCAGAAGAAGAACCGCAACAAACUCCGCCGGCAGCACUCCUACGAUACGUUUGUGGAUCUGCAAAAGGAAGACGCAGCCCUGGCUCCCCGUAGUGUGAGCCUGAAGGACAAGGGACGCUUUUUGGAGGGAAGCCCCUACGCCCAUAUGUUUGAGAUGCCAGCAAGCGAGUCCACUUUUGCCAACAACAAGUCCUCAGUGCCCACUACCAGCCACCACCACCACAACAAUCCCGGCAUCAGUGGUGGCUAUAUGCUCAGCAAGUCUCUCUACCCCGACCGGGUCACUCAAAACCCUUUUAUCCCCACUUUUGGGGAUGACCAGUGCUUGCUCCACGGCAGCAAAUCCUAUUUCUUCAGGCAGCCUGUGGUAGCAGGAGGGCCCAAGGCCAGGCCAGACUUCCGAGCCAUUGUCACCACCAACAAGCCGGUGGUCUCGGCCCUUCAUGGGGCUGUGCCAGCCCGUUUCCAGAAGGACAUCUGUAUAGGGAACCAGUCCAACCCCUGUGUGCCUAACAACAAAAACCCCAGGGCUUUCAAUGGCUCCAGCAACGGGCAUGUUUAUGAGAAACUUUCCAGUAUUGAGUCUGAUGUCUGAGUGAUUGGGAAAAGCAUGGGAGGGGAUGGUGCAGGAAAUGCAAAGUGUGGGAGGGGCAGGUGGUGGGUUCAGACCUAGUUCCCAUUUGCUACUCUUCUGCUACUCUUUUUUUUCUUUGUGAAAUAUUGGAGUUCUGCUUAAGCACCGUUGAUAAGAAGUGCCACCUAUUUCUUUCCCCCCUCCCUCUCCUCCAUUCCGAUUAGCUCUUUUCAUUUCCCCACUCUCAGUUCCAUUCCUGGCCAUCACAUGUCAGAGCUUAGUAGCUUAGCUUGUGUUUUCACCACUGGAAAGGCAGGGCAUGGAUCAGGUUAGGUCAACACAUGAGUGUGGGCAGUGGACACAGAGUUUGGGGGUUUCUUAGCACCAAACAGUGAUGGUUAGUGCCAAUAUGAGAAAGUGCCAUAAAGUGGAGAGUAGAGGAGAUGGAAUCAGCAUGAAGAAGCUUCAGGUCUUCUUAUGUUUGCACUUUUGAACAAAAUUGAAGGGAUAUAAAUGGUGUGAGAUCAACUUCAUAUAGUAUAUGUUGAUUAUAUGCAAAGAUUCACUCAGUUGUUUUACGAAAACUCAGUGGGUUAAAGGCUGAAAUAUGGAGUUGCAUAUAUAGAUAGAUAUAGAUAUAGAUAUAGAUAUAUAUAGAUAUACUGAAAACAACAUGUACUGAAAUCUUGGUAUAUUUAUGAUGGGGAGAGAAGGAUUGAUAUGUGCAAGUCUGAUCAGUAAUCCAGUAUAGUAACCCAGUGAGGUAGCUUCUGAAAGAUACGCUGGUGUUAUAGACACUAAUGCCAGUUAGAUCAGGAAGCUCCCAGUAAAAGACUUGGGAAAAUUCAAAAGUCAGGUCCCAUAAGAGGAGAGAAUGGCAAAUGGUGGCUUUUAUCCUACUCAUGAACAACUGGUUGUUAAUUUUAAAAUCAUGAACUCUCUGAUGUAGGUUGGUUUACACAUGAUAAUUGCUUAAAUAAUAAUUCUCACAAAACAUCAAUGAUUAAAACAAUGAAUUUGGCAUCACUAAAAUAUUUAGUUGACAAACCCAGCAGAGCAAGCCUUUGCAAUAAAAGGGAGAAGUAAAAGAGGAAAAAGAUGAGAAGGAAAUCAGAGCUGCUGGAUUCCAAGAUUAUUGUGAUGGAUUGUACAUGGGAGGCCGAAGUCCUGCCCACUGUUUCCUCCCCUUGCUUACAAUACAAAGUGGGUUUAUGAGAAUGUCAAAAAGGCUUUCUUUGCUCUUUGGGUUGAAGUAUUUCCUUGGAACGGAAAGUGCAAAAAGACGGUGCUGCUGCUAGUGGGAAUAGGGCCAGCACAACUCAGACAUGUGUAUAUGUGUAUUUAUUGAAUAUAUACUUAUAUUUGAUAAUUAUAAUGUUGUGGAAAUACAUGGCUUGUCUUCCACAGGGCAGAAGGAGAUGAAACCAGAUCCCACAGAUGCUGUGGUGGGGGCUGGCAGGCAGAGGUGAAAAGAGGUGGGGAAGAGAGUUAAAGAAGAGACCAGUAGGUGCUAAACUGAAAAUGCAGUGGUUAUUAUUCACCAACUUCAGAGUUGUUCUGGCCCUCUUCACAGCACAUAUGGGACUGGUAACCACAGUUUUGUUGUGAUGGAAGACUAUUAUAAAUGCAAGUUAAACUACAUAUAUACAUGGUAGAAGUGAGACUGCUUCAUUUACAGCAGGAACCCUCAGGUAAGGACAACAAGUCCAUUGUUGUUUCCUAAAUAUGUGGCAAAGUUUCUCACUUUUUAAUGGGUCUGCUCUUCCACUUUCCUAACAGGAAAGGAUGGUGAAAAGUGCUCUUGUGAUAUAUCAGGCAUAUAGUAGAUGAACUGGAUGCGUGGAGAGAUACAGGCCCUGGACUUUGGAAGCAGCCAUUCUUUACUCAAGCCACAUUUCCUGCAGCUGUUUCUCUUUUCAUGAGCCCACUUGGCUUUAUCUUAAUGUUUCUUGCAUUUAAGUCAAUAGAAAGCCUUGCUUUUUUGGUAGAUGGGUUAAGGAUGCACCUGAACAUUUGGUGAAACAGGAGUUCCCCUCCCCCUUCUGAUUUACUGUGCAGGUUUUGGAAGGAGCAGCACCCUCUCUAUGGUUGGAGGAGCCGGACACCUUGUAGGUCCUCUCUUCUUUCUCCUCUGAGGAAAAAUAUACUUGCUAAGCAAUCUGCUGGACAUAAAGUGGUGAUGCUGAAUCCUCUGACAAGGGCAGUUGAGAAGGCAUUCAUUUCAUUUGUAAAUAUGGGUUUUUUCUAUCGCAUUUUGUACAAACUAGUGCUUCUAUUAUUGUGAAUAUUCAGGUUUGGAGAGGAGAUGGGUUUUAAGUUGUUUUUCCCUACAACUUUCAGACUGUAUGUCUGGAAGCAACUUUAUGUGGGCCCAGGCCAUUGAAAAAUGUGUAGAAUGAAAGUAAACUGCAUGCAUUGAAUACCUCUUUCUAAUCCACACCUGCCAUGUUUUUUUCUUCAUAGUCAGAAAAAGGCAUUGUAGCACCUCAAGCUUUCUUAGUAGGGCUUUUUAUGUUUCAACAGAAGUACAAUAUCUUCCUUGCUUGAUUAUAAACUCCAUGCCAUAAUCUUCCUGUAGAAUCUUAGUCCUCCUGAAAUGUUGUACUGUUUUUUUCUGGCUGAUGGAAUGAGUUGUCAUUUUGAAUGUUCAGUUUAGACCAUCAUCCAACACUACAGGGACUUCUCCAAAGUUAUGUUGGCUUGGAAACCUUGGGAUUGGAAAAUCUCCUCAGUUUACUAAUACUUCUUAAGGAUUAUUAGCAGCUGGGUUUGAUGCUACUGAUAAGCUUGCGUCCAGCAGCCAUUUCAGUAUUCCCAUCCCUCAGCUGAAACCAAAAAUACUAGAGAAUGGUACUUCAGAGAAAAUUGAUCUAAAAUCAAACCAAAAAGAUGCUAACUGAACUCUCAGAAUGAUUCCAGAUCUGUUUUGAGACGAAGGGUUCACUAUUACAACUUUUUCUUUGAUCCUAACCUAGUUUGAACAUUGAACAACAUGUUUACAUUUAUAGGUUUAGGUCUGACAGUAUUCAAGUGUUUUACAAAUUUUAAUUUGUGUGCAGAGAACACAAUAAGUAUCUACUUUAACACCAACUAGAAAUGUUGAGGGACUUUCAGUGUCAGUCCAUCUACAGGUGUCUUGUGUAUAGUCUUGACAUAUUAUUAUAAAACCUCCC